AUGAAUUUAUUGUUUUUCACAACUAAAGAAAAAUAUUGGUUAAUUAUUAGCUUAGUGAGUUCAAGAACUUUCAAAGAUUUACCAGUGGUCUCUGUUACAAGUUAUAGAUGGUCAUUAAAAGUCGGUGUUACAACUUCAAAAUUUUAUCCAUGCCAUAAUAAUUUGUCUAGAAAUCAGCAUAUUCGAUCUGCAGAUUCUUCUGGAGGCUACUAUACUUCUAAAACAAUAAAGUUUAUGUCCACUAAAGAAUAG